AUGAUUUUUCUGUCUUUUAUCACAUCCCUCGCCUUGUUUGGUAUUGCCUUGGGCCUGAGAAAUGCUUCGCUAACCACGAUCUACGCGACCUACAACCUGUCAGGAAAUACGCUGACUAUUAGAUCCACCGAGCAUGUUAUCACUACCGCAACUGAGCUUGUUACGUAUUGCCCGGAGGCCACCACUUUUGUGGUAACUGGCUGUGACAACGAAGGUUGUGCCCCAACAACUGUUUCAGUUACUAGUCCGUCUACAGUGACCAAAACAGGAAGCUUCGUCAUUUCCUCAGACGUGAUUGUUGAACCUACGGUUGAUGGAGAGUCGUUUGAAAGCAAAACCACAUUUUCUACGUUGAAAGUCUCGAGACCACCGUCCUCCGUGGCAGUCCGCCCUACACUAACUCCUUUGUACACCAACACCACGGAUUCCAAGCCUACUCAAAGUCAGCUGACAUCAUAUGUGCUGCUCUCAUCGUCGGUGCCACAUAACUCAACUGGUCCUCAAACUAAUGAGACUGUGUCCAGUAUUAAAAUUGACGGUAGUGGCGAUGGAGACGAGUCGGACACGAUACUGGGUGACAAUUUUAUUGAUUAUUUUGGUAAGCUCGGUGCGUUUGGCGGCUUCAGAGGUGGCGGCUCCAGCGGUGGCGGCUCCAGAGGUGGUGGUUACAGAGGCUUUGGAAGUGGUCACCAAUCCGCCGGCUCCCGCCCUGAUGCCAGUGUGUGGAUUAUGUUUGCCGCUCUUUUGAUCGUAUAA